UGUUAUAGCCGUCUGUCCUCUGCCUUGUGCAAGCGCGGGCGCUCCCUGGGGCAGCGGGAGUGAGGGCGCUCCUGGAACUCCCCAGUCCGGCUAGGCUUGGCGCGGGGCGCCGCCCCCGAGACAUCCGAGGAGUCAGCUCCUCCCCUGUUACUGGACCCUGGAGUCCGUCUCUCGUGCUUCAGCGCCCAUGCAGAGAUUGGAGCCUACUUGCAGAGGUCGUAUCUGCGGAGGUCGUACCUGGGAGUGAGGAGGAGGAGGAGGAGGAGGAAGGUCAUGAUCCGAGCCUGAGUAACCUGUGCUCCAGCCUUUGCGCAUAAGGGUGACCCCUGGGUGGGGUGAAGCUCCCCUGUCUGUAUCCUUGUACCCCACCCUAGUGUGGGCCGCUGGCUGCAGGAUGAACUGUCGCUCAGAGGUGCUGGAGGUGUCAGUGGAGGGGCGUCAGGUGGAGGAGGCCAUGCUGGCUGUGCUGCACACGGUGCUCCUGCACCGGAGCACAGGCAAGUUCCACUAUAAGAAGGAGGGCACGUACUCCAUCGGCACCGUGGGCACCCAGGAUGUCGACUGUGACUUCAUCGACUUCACCUAUGUGCGAGUCUCUUCUGAGGAACUGGACCGUGCCCUGCGCAAGGUUGUCGGGGAAUUCAAGGAUGCGCUGCGCAAUUCUGGUGGUGAUGGGCUGGGCCAGAUGUCCUUGGAGUUCUACCAGAAGAAGAAGUCUCGCUGGCCUUUUUCAGAUGAGUGCAUCCCAUGGGAAGUGUGGACAGUCAAGGUGCACGUGGUAGCCCUGGCCACAGAGCAGGAGCGGCAGAUCUGCCGGGAGAAGGUGGGUGAGAAACUCUGCGAGAAGAUCAUCAACAUUGUGGAGGUGAUGAACCGGCAUGAGUACCUGCCCAAGAUGCCCACCCAGUCGGAGGUGGAUAACGUGUUUGACACAGGCUUGCGGGAUGUGCAGCCCUACCUCUACAAGAUCUCCUUCCAAAUCACUGAUGCCCUGGGCACCUCGGUCACCACCACCAUGCGCAGGCUGAUCAAAGACACCCUUGCCCUCUAGGCCUUGCUGGAGCCAUGGGAGCUCUUCGGUGGCUCCCAGACCUUGACUUCUGUGGAUUGUACUGUUAGGCCCUUGGGGCUCUGGAGCUGGUCCUUGGUGAGACUUGGAAGGGACAGCGCCUGGUUUCCUUGGUUUGCGGUUGCCACUCUUUGGUCAUCCCCUUAACCUUUAUUGACGGUCAAGUCCUGCCUACACUGUCUCUCCACACCCCUUGUGGGGUCCACCUUCCUUCUCCACUGUACAGAAGAGCCACCACUGAGAUGGUGAAUAAAGUUGAGAAUGUGAGUUUGGGUUGA